CAGACGUGUGCAGUGUGUGUCAAUCAGGAGCGUUCAGAGCAGUGGAGGAGCAGCGAGCGACUGACAGGAGGAGAGGGAAGCAGCAUCCAGCAUCAGUGGCUCUGCAGGUGGGACAGACGUUCAAAGAGAAGAGGACACGGCAACAUUUUACAUCACCGCAAAUUUGAGAGCCAACAGUAUAAAAAAAUCAUACUUUCUCAUUUACUAAACAUAACAGCAACCAUUCAUUUGGGGUUGUUCCUCUCUUUGAACAUGGCCUUAGUGUUGCCUUUCCUGCUUCUGCUUCUGCCAAGUCCGGCCCUCUCGAGCCGACAUCUGCAGACAGGAACUCCACGCGUCUCCAGAGACAUCAAAUCCCAGCCUAUUAAAGUUGUUAUUUCGGACACAUGUGCACGAGAUGGGGCCAAAGAGAGAGAGCUAGACUUGGAUCCGGAUUCUCCUCUGGUCUUGACCCAUCGGAUCCGUCUGGUGCCAGGUUCAGGUUCAGCUUGUGGUCAGUGCGAGGUGGACUUUGCAGCCCUGCGUGAUCGUAUUGAAAGACUGGAGAAGGAGGUGUCUGACCUGAGGGAGAAAUGCGGAGGUCCAGAAGGAUGCUGCAACGCCCAGCAGAGCAAAGGCGCGGUCUGUACCACCGUUCGUCCCACGACCGACGAGUGUCCGGAUGACUGCAGCGAUCAGGGUCGCUGUGUGGAUGGGAAAUGCGUGUGUUUCCCAGGAUUCAGUGGGCCUGACUGCAGCGUGCCUGACUGCCCUGAUGACUGCAGCAGCCGGGGCAGAUGUGUGAACGGCCGGUGCGUGUGUGACCCGGGCUUUACCGGCCCAGACUGCUCCUCCAGCACGUGUCCUGAAAACUGCAACGACAGGGGCCGCUGCGUGAACGGCAGGUGCGUUUGCGACGCUGGCUUUACCGGGUCUGACUGCGGGACUCGGAGCUGUCCGGCUAAUUGCAAUAACAGAGGCCGCUGCGUGAACGGCAGGUGCGUGUGCGACGCUGGCUUUACCGGGUCUGACUGCGGGACUCGGAGCUGUCCGGGCAACUGUAACAAACGGGGCCGCUGUGCGAACGGAAAAUGCGUGUGUGACGCAGGGUUCGCCGGUGAGGACUGCUCCGAGAUGUCCUGCCCGGGGAACUGUAAUGACAGGGGACGAUGUGUGAACGGACAGUGCGUGUGCGAUCCUGGCUUCUCUGGGCCGGACUGCUCUGCAAAAACAUGUCCAGAGAACUGCAACAAUCGUGGACGGUGUGUAAACGGGAAGUGCGUCUGCGAGAGCGGCUUUACGGGUCCGGACUGCUCGUCCAGAUCUUGUCCUGGAAACUGCAGUAACCACGGCAGAUGCGUCGACGGCCUGUGCGUGUGUGACGGCGGUUUCACUGGACCGGACUGUUCGUCCAAGACUUGUCCCAGCGACUGCAAUAACAAAGGCAGAUGCGUGAAUGGGAAGUGUGUCUGUGACGUGGGCUUCUCCGGCCAGGACUGCUCCACCAAAACCUGCCCCAACAACUGCAGCAACAAGGGCCGCUGCAUGAGGGGCCGCUGCGUGUGUCGUCGUGGUUUCACGGGGCCGGACUGCAGCGAAUGUCAGUCUGGGUUCACGGGUGAAAACUGUGACACUGCGCUGGCGGCCGUCUCGCGUCUCAGCACCAGAGACGUCACGGAGUCUUCUGUCACUCUGUUCUGGACUCCGCCUUCCGUGCAGUACGACACCUACCACAUCACCUUCACCAGCAGGAAAGAAACAGAUCAGAAAAUAAGCUCCAAAAUCAACGGCCGAAUGAACACUUACACUCAGAUUGGACUGGCCGCCGGACAGGAGUAUACGGUCAGCAUCACCGGAGAGAAAGACGGCACGAUGGGAACAGAGAGCACAGCAGAAUUCACCACAUUGAUCUCUGGCCCAAACGACUUGCAAGUUGUGAAGACGACCACCACAUCAGUCAUUGUCCAAUGGGAGAGAGCACAGGGGGAGAUUGACAGGUACGUCCUCUCCGUUGCACCCAAUCAGACAGAUGGAUCAAGCAGACUUCCAGAGAUUAACCUGCCGCCGGAGAGAGAUUCAGCCCAGAUCGACGGCUUGGAGCCGGGCCGCUUGUAUGACGUCGCAGUAGUGGCGGAGAAAGAUAGCAUCCGGAGCCUGCCAGCAACCGUACAGGCAACUCCUGGGAACGCCUCGGUGCCUGCGACCAGGCUGACCACGGAGAUAGACGUGGAGGCUGGCGACAACAAAGAAAAGACACCAAGGUUCACAAACACAACACUGUUCCUGCAAAAGCAAGGACCGAGCAAAGGGGGCCAAGUGACAAAAGGAAAUGUUAAAAAUCUAAAAAGAGCAGGAAACAUAAGCCGACUCAAAACAGAUAUACUUGUUAGACCUGGACAAAAAAAAACACCUGGGAUGCUUCCCAAACCCGGUACACAAACCAUGAGAAGACCUUAUAGUCCAGAAAUCAAACAUUUCAAUUCUUCCCAGAUAGGAGCAAAAGGGGGAAUUGUUGUGCCUUCUGCAAAGAAGUCAAGAACAUGGCAUCCUCUGAGACCAAGAAACCCUAAUACAUAUCCUGUCUCUGGUGGUAAACCAUUGGCGCUGACAAUGAAAGAGACAAGUUCUCAGGAGGGAAACACUGAAACUGAUUUUAGAAGAGAGUCUGUCGAGACACCCGGACAUGCCAACCCAAGCUCCACCGUCCAGAAACACAUACCCACCCCAUCUGCCACCCCACUGCCUUUCAGCAACGUCACUGACUCGACCGAAGAGCCAACAAUUACAACGGAAAAAAACAUUACAGCCUAUAUAAAUGGGACCAAAUGUGUUCGAAAGGUUUUGGUCGGGUACAGAAAGAUACAUGCAAACAUGUCAGAUGGCAAUGUGCUGACAAAAAACCUAACAGUUAUAGUUGGCCAUUUGAAUGGAACUGAUCUCUUACACAAACUUCUAACAGACAGAUCUACAGUCAAUCAAAUGGGGGUUACAGGGCUGGAUGAGGCUCGGCCUGAAGCUGAGACUUCUGAAGCCAGAAGGAGUGUGGAAGAGCAAGAAGGAGAAGAAGAACCUGAUGAAGACACAGCGGGAAAGAAUACAAUUGUAAUGAAUGCCGCUCCCUUUUCAACGAGACAGCCUGAGACAACUCUUUACCAGCCUCUCACCACCACAUCUCCUCCUCCGUACCUAAACGGUCCACAGCGCCCUGCACCACAAUCUUUGGCACAACCUGAGAGGGUGAAUCAACGUGCAGCAGGAAAUCGGUCAACAGCAGAAAGAGCACCUAGAAAAAACAGCCUCCAGGCAUCGCCAUUAUCCAUCCCCAGACAAGCAACUAGACCAAAACCCCCAAGUUUAGCUUCUCCACCAGUAGUAGGUAGAUCACCGCUUAAGUCGACGUCCUCUUCUUCCUCAUCUUUAGAGACGCCAAAAAACAAGCGUCCAUCUUGGCCUAGUCCCAUCGCCUCUCCUUUAGCAAAAGAGCCGCUUGUUGAGGAAGAAGUUCUAAACUCAAUUCCAGCCACAAGACAAUUCCAAGAUUCAACUUCUGAAGCUGCUCACAAGUCCAGCACCGAGACAGCUUCAUUGCCAGUCCAACUCCCUAUGAAAAAAGACACCGCAUUAAAAAUCACAGGCGUUGAAGCACCCGGUCGGCGCACGCCGUUUAGGGGGUCUUAUCCUCGUCGUCCCGGUUCUUUUCAGAUGCGUACGAGGCCAAUUCUAGAGUCGCCUCAGCACCCCAACCAGGGACCCGUAAGACGACCCACUGUCAGAAACAACAGGCCCGUCAACCAAGGCACUCCUAUCCAACCAGAAAAGGCUGCUUUAACCCCUGCAAAAGAAAAUGGCACUAGUAUUAAGAUUAGACAGAAUGUAAUUCUCAACAGGACCAAUGGAUCAGCCAAUAGACAGGGAGCCAGGAGACAUUCCCAAAUAAGACAUGGUGGUACCACUCAAAUGGGCCCAAACAUUAGUCAGUAUGGAAAAGGAUACUCUCACAGUCCUUUUUCCACAGACCGUCCCAUGAAAAAUGAUAAUAGUACUCAGGAAUAUGUGUUGAGUGAAGCAGACAGCUCCAUUGAGCAUGUGGGGGUCAACAAUGUGACAUCAACAGGCCUCGUACUAAUAUGGGGUGCACCGAAAGGAAAGUUCAAGCACUUCAUAAUCACUCAAACUGAGCUGGGACCAGACAACAUAGACAAGGACGAGAAGAGUGAAGAAAAAGAUGAAGAGCCUGAUGAAAGGAAAAGCGAGAAAGAAGUUGAUGACGGGAAGAGACUUAAGGCAACAGCAGCAAAGAAAAGUAGUUUGAGCAAGGGCAAAAGUGUAGUCAGUCAACUCGUACCUAAUGUACAGAGUACAAAGAUGAACAAGAGUGGAGAAAACAUUACAAGCUUGUCUACAGUUCUCCCUGGAACUGCCCGCUCACACCAAAUGGCGAAUCUCGCGCCACAGACCAGGUACUCUGUGUCCAUCUUUGGGAAGGGACCAACGUUUCGCUCCAAAACUCACAACCUCAUCGUACAUACAGGCCCUGAGCCUCCGUCCAAUCUUGCCUUCAGCGAUGUGACCGACAGCUCUGUCACGGUGUCCUGGACCAAACCGAAGAGCAAGGUGUCUGGAUUCAAGAUCACGUACACUCACGUGCAAGAAGGUGAGCCGAUCUCUGUUAGCGUGGACUCAGAAACGGUCCGUCUGGCACUCUCGCCGAUGUCUCCUGGCUCUACCUAUGAGGUCCGUGUGAUGUCUGUACUUGGACAAGACGAAAGUAAUUCCAUUCAGGAUACUGUAACCACUUCCCCCGACCCACCAACAGACCUGAGGGCCAUAAACGUCACAGACAGUAAAGCGCUGUUGCUGUGGAGACCCGCCUUGGCAGCUGUCGACCAUUAUGUGAUUGUGUAUAGUUCUGAUACAGCACCUGGAUCUGGAAUAACCAUCAAAGUAUCUGGCAACGCUGCAGAAGGGCAGCUGCAGUCGCUGCAAUCCUCCACACGGUACAGCGUGAGCGUUCACAGCCAGCUGGGAGACCUGAGCAGCUCCAGAGCAACCACAGCCUUCACAACAUCCGGCGGUAAAAAAGUGGAUGGUCCUCGUGAUCUCAAAGCCAGUCAGGUUACGCCUCGUACCGCGGUGCUGUCUUGGAAACCACCUGCGUCAGCCGUCAGCAGCUACAAGCUCAGCUAUUACACGGAUGGCCAGGACAUAAAGGAAGUGAUUCUUGACCCCACGGUCAAGGAGUUCAAGCUGACCAGAUUGUACCCAACGUCAACAUACACAGCUCAACUACAGGCCGAGCAGGACGGUCUGUACGGGAGCGCCGUCUCUACAGACUUCACCACCGGGAAUCUCCGGUUCCCGUUUCCCACUGACUGUUCGCAGGAGAAGCAGAACGGAGUGCUGCAGUCUGGCAUCACGGAGGUGUUUCCACAGGGCCGGGAGGGAAAGCCGCUGAUGGUUUACUGUGACAUGGAGACUGAUGGAGGAGGCUGGACGGUCUUUCAGCGAAGAAAGGAUGGCAAGACGGACUUCUUCAGGAGCUGGCGUGAAUACAGCAAUGGAUUUGGAGCGCUGGAUGGGGAAUUCUGGCUCGGAAAUGAGCAGCUUCAUAACUUCACCAAGAUGAGUCCGAUGACCCUGAGAGUCGACCUCAGUGCAGGAGACGAGUCCGUUUACGCACACUAUUCCACGUUCUCUGUCGACAACAUGAAAAAACACUACACCAUCAGAGUGUCUGGCUAUUCUGGCACAGCCGGUGACUCGCUGACAUACCAUAACGGACGGCCGUUCUCCACGCGGGACAGGGAUCCUCAGCCGUUCAUCACGCGCUGCGCCAUGUCCUACAGAGGCGGCUGGUGGUAUAAGAACUGCCAUGAGGCCAAUCUCAACGGCCUCUAUAACACAAAAACCAACCACCAGGGAGUGAUCUGGACCGAGUGGAAAGGCAAAGAUUUCUCUAUUCCCUUUACUGAGAUGAAAUUCCGCCCAGCCUCAUUCAGGCCCUGAACGCGAGGAUAAACGCAUUAGUGCAGGAGAGCCGGGACGCCCUCCCGAUAUGGACAUAAACCGAAACACACCACCACUGAAAAGCAAGUAUCAUUACUGCACGCAUAACCACACAAUCGAACUACAUAACUACAUCUACACACGUACUCCAAUAUGUCAAGGCCUAAAAGGCUGUUUAUCUGUAGUCAAUAUGUAGUAUUGUACAGUGUUUGGAUUCUCUGUGGUCUGUGCAUUGUGACACCCCGCAGCAGCUGGAGGAAAUAUUAUGCACUGCCUUCUUCUCUACGAUGAAGCUCCGGACUCGGUGUCACGUAUAUCAGCUUGAACUAUCAAGAGUCUGAUGUUUGUAUUCAUAUUGCUUUGUAUGUACCAUAUUUCAGUGUCUUUCAGAGAGAUUUCAUAAAAAAAAGAAGCUGUAAGUUGGUAUAUGGUAGUGCUUUUAACAUUCUAUGGUUCUAUAAAUAUAUAUAUAUAUAUAUAUAUAUAUAUAUAUUUGAUAUUAAAAAAA